AUGGCCAUGCUCGUCUCCACGGGAUCUCCAACUGGCAAGAUGAGUCGCAAGUCAACGCCAACUGUCAAGGUCAGAGAGGAAAGUGAUGAUGGCUCUGCUGCGGUGGUAAACACGCUCACGACAGCGACUAAUUCUCACUCCACAACCUCCACCCGCCCUUCCUACAGCGUCUUGCACACUGACAAGCUCAGCAAUAUCCAGCCUCCCAAACAGAAGGACAAGAAUACUGCCAAACCUUCCGAGCCUAGUGCGAUAGGAGGAGGUGGCAUGGAGGACAUUCUUUCUCGCCUGAAGCUCAAUGACUCGCGUAAACCUGCUCCUGCUCCUUCUGGCGAGGUCAAGUCACGCAAGCCUGAUGAUUUUGGCAACCUGGACAAACUUCUGAACCAUCUCCAAGAUUCAAGCAAGGCCUUGAAGAAGCAAGAGCAGGAACUCAGAAACGAAAUGCAACCCGAGAAUCACAAGGCCAACACCCCGAGCAAUGACAGCCUCGAUGCUGGCAAGCCGGUUCACCAUACUACAGCUGCCAAUAAGGUCGACGUGGCUGAAAUGAUGCGUGUCAAGCAAGAGCUUGAGGCUGCCAGAUCCGUCAUUUCACGCCAGGAACAGGAGCUUGCGGAGACUCGCACACUCAAACAAACCAUAGACCAGGCCAUGGGUCCCCCAUCCGAAGCCGACUUUGGUGCUUCCAAUGAUAUCUCCGAGCAGACCAUUGGUCAUUUGCAGAGUGCUUUCAAUGCGUCUGCCCGUCCAUUCACAUCACAAACCGACGCUUGGGCUGGCCCGGACGAACACCGCACUGACUUCGCCCGCGGCAGGGGCAUCUGGAACAAUCCUUCGACAUCCAUGACGAAUCUUUUGGCUACUAAUCCUACCGCCCCAGCAUACAACCACCCUCGUGAUGCACGACUUUCUGGUCAGGCCUACAAUGGAGUCUAUGGCGCCCCCUUCUCUCCAGCAGAAACCAAUUUCCAGCCUCGGAACUUCUCAGGAACAGGUGCUCCCCUUGGCUACGACAUGAGGCCCAACAAUGACCUCAUGCCAUUGAACCCUACCCUGGGUAUGAGACGCAACGGUGGACAAUUGAGAAUCAAUCCAGGCCUCACCGAUCCAAUGUCACAACUUGGUAGCUUUCCGCCUGCUACAACCACGUUGACACCGCCACCAAUCAGCCCUGUCGGUUUCCCAGGCCAAUACAAUUAUCAACGAGGGAUCACAACCCCAAUCACUCCUGCAACCGACUUCAAUACUGCCGGUGUGCAAGGUGCUGGCAAUCCAUGGCCGCUCUCUGCUGGUGGCGUGAAUGGCCAAACCUAUGUCACUCCGCUUGAGCCGAUGAACUAUCGCCGCCUCCUCGACAAGUCCGUGUCAUGUGACUGGAAGUACAUUGUUGACAAGAUUGUCUGCAACAAUGACCAGCAAGCCAGCAUCUUCCUCCAGCAGAAGCUCAAGGUCGGUACGGCUGAACAAAAAUUUGAGAUUGUUGAGGCCAUUGUCAAUCAAGCUUAUCCACUCAUGAUCAAUCGCUUUGGCAACUUCCUUGUCCAGCGAUGCUUUGAACAUGGAACCCCGGACCAAGUUGUUGCCAUUGCCAAUGCCAUUCAUGGCAACGUCCUAUCCUUAAGCAUGGAUCCCUUCGGCUGCCACGUCAUUCAGAAGGCCUUUGAUUCUGUUCCAGAAGACCACAAGGCCGACAUGGUUCGAGAAUUGCUUCGCCGCAUUCCGGAUACGGUCAUUCACCGCUAUGCUUGCCAUGUCUGGCAGAAGCUGUUCGAGCUCAGAUGGAGUGGGGAGCCACCACAGAUCAUGCUGGAGGUCAACAAAGCUCUUCGCGGCAUGUGGCAUGAAGUUGCGUUGGGCGAAACGGGGAGCUUGGUGGUUCAGAACAUCUUUGAGAAUUGCAUUGAGGAAGAGAAAAGACCCGCGAUUGAAGAAGUGAUUGCCAACAUCGACCUCAUUGCCCACGGUCAGUUCGGUAACUGGUGCAUUCAGCACUUGUGUGAGCAUGGCUCCCCACCAGACAAGCGCCGAGUAAUUGACCACAUCCUCGCCAACUCCUACAGCUACAGCAUUGAUCAAUUUGCAUCUAAAGUUGUUGAGAAAUGCCUCAAGAUCGGAGGACCGGAAUUCUUGGACCGCUAUCUUGGAGUCAUUACCACUGCUCACCCGGAUCGUCCACGCAUCCCCCUCAUCGACAUUGCUGGCGACCAAUAUGGAAACUAUCUGAUUCAGUGGAUCUUGAUGAACACUCACCAUCAUCAGCGAGAGCAGGUGGCCAUCCAUAUUCGAAAACACAUGGUCUCCUUACGUGGGUCCAAGUUUGGAUCGCGUGUUGCCAUGCUUUGCUGCAACCCGAACUCGGUCACUCGCCCUGGCCCAGGAGCAGUUGUCAACCCUUUCGGUGCUCCUGGUCAGCCACGCAACCAAUGGCCUCGCUUUCGCUAA